GCUCAACUCAAACAAAAAGUCAGGCCAUGGGGACCAAUGUACGACCUGUGGCCUUAUAUAAAUAAAAUGGCUCAAUAACACUCGUUUCAUUCAACUCGCCUACGCCGGAGCGGAUGAAUUUAAGACAAACAAACAAACAAAAGAUGAGAUUUCUCGUCAUUGCGCUCAUUUUGCUGGUUCAAGCAUGCGGGUCGCUUCGGGCGCAGACGCUGGCGCCGGAUGCCAGCGAGUCGCCGGGAGUCCUGCAAAGACUGCUUGACAAGGCUCGCGCGGCCAAAGAGAAGGUAGAGAUGGUGAGGGACACGGUGACGGGCUUUGCGAGCGAGUACUACGACGAACACAUCCAGCCGACGGUGGACAGCUACAGCCGAUGGGCGGCAGGCGUCAGCGACGCGGCCAGGGAGAAGAUCCUGGACUACUUGCCCUUCUUUGCCACCAACACCAGCAGCCAAGGAGCCAUGUAACAGCAAAUGUUGCAUCAUUAAAGCAACAACACAAAGCGUGUGCUUGAA